GUCAUGGUGCAAAGCAGAGAACCCUCCCUCUCCUGGAUGCUGUUUGGAGGCAGCAGAGAGACUCCUGCCCACACCAAGCUGGUGGCUCCCUCAAGCCUUGACCUGAUUUCCUGGGACAUGGCCGCAAGGACUUGUGGUGGGAUGCUUUCUUCAGCAGCCCUGCCUUGUGAAAAGCCACCCCAUGACUGUGCCGGAAGUCAGCUAAACUCUCUGCCAGUGAGAAGGUUCAAAACUGGCCAGAACCUCAGGGAUAUCUGA